GUGUAGAAGAGGAAGAACAACACACAGCACAGCACAAGCAAACAGCAAGAAGCGGUUUGCGGUGGCCGUCCGUGUGCUUGCUUCAGUUAGUUCGCAAAACAGCUCGGAACGUCGUAGCUGCCAGUACCGUAUAGUGUGUGCGCCUCCGGGUCUUUCUCAAAUUCGCUCCGGUGUGUGGUUGAAAAAAGUUGUAAGUCAGUUCGGGUGGAUUUUGUUCGGUGGUUCAGUGAAUUAUUUACUAUCGGACAUCCGCAGGUGAUUGAUUAUUAAUCAGUGAUUAUUGAUUCGUGGUCGCAGUGAACGGAACUUCGGAAGGAUCCUUUCCGAAUCCAGCAAGUGAGAAGUUAUGUGAAGUGAAAGUGUUCCAAACUGAUGAAAUUUUCAAUUGAAACUAAUCUAAAGUGAUCAAUUUUCAAUGAUUUCUGAAUUUGAACUUCUUAAAAGUAGUUAACGAGAUCUACAAAUUUUGUAGUUUUCCUCUAAAAAUCACAGUUACUCUUAACCCACGCAAAUCCAUCAGUUAAAUCAACCCUUUUCCAGUUAGUGUUUAACGUAUUUCAAUCAACUGUUCCCCCCACUAUAAGGGUCGCGAAAAAAACGGAGAGGAAAAGUGAAGGUGAAAAGUCCAAUUCCCUCCUUAGACCAAGUGAAAGAUGUGUUAGGUGAGAUUUAAUCAGUGAUCAGUUAUAACUAGCAGUGCCCUCCCGCGGAGAGUUUUAAUAAAGCUUCAGUACCCACGCACGUAGUGAAGAAGAGGCGGAAAAACAAAACCUGGUUUGGCUGAGCUAGUGAAUUACCUUCCCCCCUAUCGAAUCGCGAAUAAACGCGAGAAUUUUCUCGUUUCAGCAGUUGUGCGUGUGAUUAGUGCGUGGCUACGAACGAGUUGCAGACGGAAGAAAGGUGCUGAAAGUGCGAAGGUUUUUUUGUGUGUUAUAAUACGAAACUGUGAGCAGUGACUUGUUAUUAGAAGAAGAGAAAGCUGUCAUUAGUUUCGUUUUCCCUUCGGGGUGAUAAAUCGCGUCGAUUUAGGCAAUCUAUUUACGCUCCGUCAGCCAACAGGUUGGCUGCUGUUGUCACCGCGUCACGUACUAGAAAUCAGUCAGCGGGAAAAUGACAGCUUCAAGGAUGACCUAAUCUGGUACCUGCAACAACGGAUUUUCGGUCAACAAAGCAUACCGUGUCCCAGGUCAACCCAGGAAAUCACAGGAAUCCCAUUUUUUCGGCCAUCCUGUUUUGUUAGACGCUGAGAUUUUCGUUCUCAUCCGGCUGAGAAAAGUGUGAUUAGAAGACAAGGUGUGUGAGAAAGAGAAACACCGCACGAAAGAGAAGAAUUUCAAACGUCGCAAUUUCAGUGCAAUCAGUCAGUGUGUUGUGGUGGUAUGCAAACUAAUGGCGGUGGCGGCGGCGACGAGGGUGGUCUCGAUGAUUCUAGUUUCGAAACAGUUCUACUGGCAAGAGGAAGCGAACUGAACCGGAGAGUCGGUCAAUCGGCAGCGAAGUGAGAGAAGAGUGCAUUUGUGCAAUUGCGCAUAGUGCACCCCAUCAUCAUCAUCGUCAUCAUCACAAUCAUCAACAUCAGCUCGUUCGUAGAGGCCAGGUCGGUGUCGGUAUUGAACUGAACUAUUACCAGCUACUAGACCGUCGAGCGAACGUCGGUCGGUGCAUCAUCAGUGUUGGGGACGGGGGUUUUUCACACCCUCCCGCAGCGCGCAGUAUAGAGCAGCCAAAAUGCUCUCCUAUAUGCUACCAGUUGAGGAAAAAUCGCCCUCAGUGACGGCGGCCAGUGCUGCUGCUGCGGCGCGAAAUUUGAGCUUGAAUCUGAAUAAUACCACCACGAGUGUCGGUUCCCCAGGGACGGUCCUGUAUCCAGAAGGUUCCAAGUCGGGGAAAGAUUCGUCGAACAAUCGAUCUGGAUCCGGGCCGAGCACCGGAAAAGUGAUCAAAUCGGCUAUCAAAACAAAUCACCGCUAUCACCUGGUUUCGUCAUCAUCCGGGUCAGCAGGUUCGGUGGAGGACAGUACUGAUGGUGGUGGUAGGAAAAAGUUUGGAAAGCGCAUAGGUGACAGUGCGGCAGUGGCCCGACCCAGCCAUCAUAAUGGGUCGGAAGAUCUGAGUGAUGAACACACCAGUCUGCUUGGUGGAGGCGGCGGUGGUUCAAAAAGUGUGAAAAGUGAUAAAAAUUUCAACAAUCUCAUCCUGGUCAACGGGAACGUGAAUGGGAAGCUUGCGAGUGUGCUGAAGAAUUCCUCGCUGAAGAAUGGUGGUAGUGGUAUUGGCGGUGGAGGGUUAGUUGGCAACGGGGCAACUGGUAGUGUCGGUGCUAACGGGGUUGACCAUGGAGGACCACUCAAAGUGGCGAUCGGGGCUACCAGUCACGGUCACAGCCACAAUGGCUACAGUGCGGUGAACAAUUGUGAAGAUGAUGACGACGACGACGGUGACAACGUCGAAGAAGACGCCAGUGGUGAGCAAGCUCACGAAGGAUUCGAUUUGGUCGCGAGCAAUAAUCGCAAAAAUACCAACCAAACGAUCAACAACAACGGCGGCAAAAUGAGUGCCAGUGCUAGUGUGACCCGGAAUCUGAACGGAAUUAACGGUAAUCAGCAACAGCAGUCGCAAUCGUCGGUGGAAACGCCGAGCAGUGGCAUCAUCGUGGAUACCAGUGAUGCCGAUUCGGAACAGACCGGUGGUGCUGGCGGUGCUGGGUCCGCUGACGGUUCCGGCGGUAAGAAGGUCAAGAUGAACAAGCUCGGCGGAAGCAAGAAUGUGACGCUGAAGAGGGUCUCAUUCGGCUCGUCCAAGGGCUCCAUGGUGGAAACGUUGGUUUUCGAAACGCCAACCCCGCUGCCCGAGCAUGCCGAGCGGGAGUUUUUCCACUCCCCAGCGGUGCUGGCCGGUGCCGGUACAACUGUCAACAAUGUCCACCAGUACCAUCAUCAUCACCAUCUUCCUCACUAUCACCAUCAUCCACAACAGUCGCAUCAGCAACAACAACAACAACAACAAUCGCAGGACAGUAGUCUAGUAGGCCUUGAUGAUAGUGGCAUCGAGCUGCAGGAAGAAGUCGAACGUUCCAAGGUGCGUGUAUCGUUUUUCCAAAGCAGUAAACCGCAAUCGAUAAGCCCGCCCGAAUCGCUCCUCUUCGGGGGCGGUCAUAAUCUGAUCCACUUUGGUGGACCCGGAAGUGGUGGUGGCGGUGGAGGUGGCUAUGAUAAUAACAACUCCCUGCUAGACUCGUCCUACAUCAGCUCGGCGGCACUCAAUCAGCAGUACGAUUCGUUGCUCGCCGGGAAUCACCAUUAUCUCGAGCAGCACCCCGCGUACAAUCCGGACGAUCCCGGUAGCAUGGCGGCAGUGAUGGCCUACGAUCAGCAGAUGAGCACCGAAUCAGGAUGGGACAAUCCGUUUCGACCCGGUGGAGAUCUGUCGCGGGAAGCAGACGAAAUUGUCAAUCUCAUCAAAGGUGGCAAACCAAUCACCCCAACCGGUGACCAGAACCUACUGAAUGGCAGUGCACCAAAGGACAGCCACCAAUCGAUGGAAAACGGUGGCAGCACGGUAGUGGAUGGCGUUGCGACCAAGAUCGAUUCAACGCAACUCCAGAGCCAACCGAAUGGUAUGAAAUCUCCCCAGAAGGACGAUGCGAACGCCACCACCACCACCACCGGUGGUCCGACCGGUGGCGGCGGGGUUUCACCACAGAAAAAUGGCGGUACCACAGCGGCGGCGGCAACGCAACCGACUAGCCAGCAGACCCAGGUCAGCAAUCAGGUGAUACCGGGACCCCAGUCGGCGUCACAUGUGGUCAUCGAUGAGAAAAAGAAGAAAAAGUGCACCUGCUGUGUUAUACAGUAAUCGAAUGUGAGGAAUGCGAUGACGGAAUAGUUGGGUUGGGUGAACCACAGGACAAAGUUUUUGGACCGGAGGUUUUUUUUUAUGAUUUUAAAACUAUUGUUUUUAUGUCUUUAGAGUACUAUUUUUUCUGUUCAUUUUUUACGUUAAAGUGACUAGAUUUUACACACAUUCUCAUUAGUAACUGACAGGAGGAAGGUGGUUUGAAGCAGCGUAGAAGAAAGCAUGCUAAGAAGAGUAUAUCAUUGUUUUAUACUUCCGUGAGUGUAUCUAAAUUAUUUUACCUAGAGCAAGAGUCAAACGUCGUUCGUUCGCAAAGAAUUAUAUUGUAUAUUGUAAGAAAGGAAGUUGAGUGCCGAGAGAUAGAGAGAGAACGUGCGCACGUGUGAGUAAACGAAUACAGUCUAGAUUAGGCAUCUCUGUGUAUCUGUAAAACCGUAUGUAACAGUUAAUUGUAAAAUAGGACAAAUAGUAGUGCUUCGGGGGCCUCCGAACGAUAGUCGAACUAAAAAACGAUUAGAUCAGUCCCAGGGAAUGGGACGGCUAAGGUCGGAGGUUUCCUAAAAAACUUUGUUUUAUACUUAGGAUUUUAAAUUAAAGAACUCAGUUUCUUUACUAUUAUUUAUAUGCAUAUAUACUAUUCACUUGGAAAAGCAACUUCAGAAUAUUAUAAUCAUGAAAUUGUUUUAUGCAAGACUAGGUUUAGUCGACCUUUCGACACACAAAAAUAUCGAAAAGGGCAAAUUCGGACGGAGAUUGACGCUGGGAAGUGGCAUUUUGUAGGUCAUUUUCUACAAUCAAUUUAGACAAACGGAUAACCGAAUUGAUUUGACAGAUUCUGUGUGCAUUUACGGACCAGUUAAGUCCGAUCGGAAUGCAAAAAAAAAAACGUGCCACUUUCCAGUUUGGAAGCGACCUUUUUUAGCUUUUUUUUGUCGCAUUUUGCAGUCAAAAACGUGGCAAAUCUGUACAUGUUUACAAACAACCCCGAAUUGAGAUGAAAUUGGUUGCUGUAUAGCCUGACCCAAGCGAACGAAGCUUAAAACACAUCUCUUUGUUGAUGAUUUGUUGUAGCACAGAGAAAACUAGUUUAGGAGAAAACUGGGCUCUAGAGCGAUAUUCGACUCCUAAUUCCCCCUGAAUAUUUAUUUGGGUAAAACAAUAGAAGCUGUGCAUAUGUUUGAAAGGUUACCUUGCGAACGCAGUAGGCUUGGCGUUUGACCAUCCUCACACAGAAAAGCGCGUGUUGGUUCGGGCUGACAGAACUCAGACAAGACAAACUAUUUAGCAAAAUAAUAAACAAAAAAAAAAUCGUUCAUAAACAGAACCACGUGAUUAUUGUUAGUUGAAUCAAAAUAAAAGAAAAUGUUUAAAAUUUGUCGAAAUAGUUUAAACAAACCGAGCAUGCUUUAUGUGCUAUCCGUGGAAAAAAAACUAAACAGGAAAACAAACCCGAACAAGUAGGAAACAGUUUCAUGCGCUCGCCGCCCGCACGCCGCAGCCACUUCGAUAGCUAAGCAACACACACACACAUAGCAAAAACAAUAUUUGGAACUUUUUCUUGAAAACAAUAGACAAACAAAAAAAUAACGAAAUAAAAGUAGAAGAACAACUACGCGGAAGAAGAAACAACAGAAUACACAGUUUUAGCAAAUCGUAAACUCUCUUCUAGCAUUAUGAACUGUAACUAUUAAGCGUAAAACAUACACACAGACACAUGCAUAAGAAUCACAAAACAAAACAUCAGCGACUAAUUCUACUUGAGCCGACGAAUAUCUAGUGAAUCAUUGGGGAAGCAUUGGAACGGAGAAAACAAAACCUAUUUAAGAGCAACUAUAAGAUCAUAUUUAUUGAAAAGCAUCAAACAGAAAAUAACAAAACAAAACACAAAAAAAAAUCACAAAGAAAAGUAAUCGUAUAUAUUUUCGUACUAAACAAAAUCAAUCAAACAAAGAAGGUGUGAAGAAAGGUUGGAAAGGUCAACAACAACAACAACAGUGACACGAGUAGAUUGAUUCGAAUGGCAUCCUACUUCCUGCUUAGGGGGAAAUACGGAUCAUAUAUGUGUACAGAUUAAUUUGAUAAUGGCCACAAGAUCGCAGAUCAGUUCGUUUUUUUUCGACGGAGCUGAAGAAGUGUUGGCACUUUCCGUUCAACACACACACAAACAAACAUGCAGAUAAGAAAGAAGAAGAAAAUGUAUUAGCGCAUAACACAAACGAGGAUCGAGUCGAAAAAACCCGAACGAAAUGUUUGACCUACACGUUGACACACAGAAACAUACACACACACGUAUGUAUAGACAUGUGUGGGUGUGCUGCCGGUAGCGGCAGCAAAUGAGAAGAUGAGUGGGACAGGAACCUAAAAACAGUUUAAAAACAAAUACAAAAAGGUAAUCUAAAAAAGGAUAUAAAGAAAUCUGAAAGGAAAUAAAUGAAAUAAAAAAUAUGGA